UUAAGAGCACCAGCACCCUCCAAGCUCUCAAUUUUGACCGUUUUCCCCCCAGUCCCUCUCUCUCUGUCUCUCUCUGUCUCUCUCUCCCCGAUGGAAAUAUUGAAUCCUUCAAUGCAAUGGUUCAAAGUCUCGUGUGGGUUUGCUCUCCGUUCUUCCUACCAAGAAAAUUACCUCUUCGACAACCACCUUAUUUUUAAAUUCUGACCUUACGAACUCGAAUUAUUUGAUUUCUACGAAAUUCUCUUGAUGCCUACCAAAUCUGGCGUCUGUUUCCUUGGUGUUGAAGGGCCCAAAAGUCUUGCUUCCUCUUGGCCCACCCUCGGACUGGGGCGUAUAUAUAGAAAGGGUCGGCCGCCGGGCGGAGCAUCCCGUUGCCUUCAUCUUUGGUGUGCUUUUAUAACACUGUUCUGUUUUCCUCGAAGACUGCUAGGUUUCUCUUUUGGGAGUGCGAGGUUAGAUCUUUUGAUUUCAACGUCAAGAAUCUAAGAGCUGGGGUCACUUCUAUGGGCAUAUCUCUCUCGUUGCCUUCUUGGACAUGAGUUGAGGUUAUGAGGAGCACAAUCAUGGGUUUGACAAGAGAAGCAGAAGAUAUUUUGGCGAGAUCUUUUAUCAUUGGUGAGAAGGAUAUCAAGAUGACUUUGAGAUCAGGCAGUUUCAAGAGAAGUUAUUCAGGAACCAAGAGGACAAGUGAUGGUUCCUGUAAAGCCGUCUUAAAAGAGUCAUUAAGCUUUAAAAAUUGGGAAUAUGAGAAAACUAAGCUGGAAACCACUGCUGCUUCUGAGGUUCAGGACUCUGAAAAUUGUAAGGUGGAACCUAGUUCUAUGAAGAGCACAAGGGAUGGUAAAGUUGCUGGACUGAACCCACCAAUGUGCUCACCAAGGCCAAAGUGCGAGCUUCAUGCCGCAGCUGUUAAGCUUCAAAAAGUAUAUAAGAGUUACCGAACUCGUAGAAAUCUGGCAGAUUGUGCAGUUGUUGUUGAGGAAUUAUGGUGGAAGGCAUUGGAUUUUGCAUCCCUCAAGCAUAGCUCAGUUUCAUUUUUUGAUGUUAAAAAACCAGAAACAGCUGUUUCACGCUGGGCAAGGGCACGAACAAGAGCAGCCAAGGUUGGUAAGGGUUUGUCCAAAAACAGUAAGGCUCAAAAGCUGGCAUUGCGACACUGGCUUGAAGCAAUUGAUCCGCGCCAUAGAUAUGGGCAUAAUCUGCAUUGCUACUAUGAUGUCUGGUUUGAGAGUGAGAGUACACAGCCAUUCUUCUACUGGUUGGAUGUUGGUGAAGGCAAGGAAGUGAAUCUUGAAAAGUGCUCAAGAAAUAAACUUCAACAGCAAUGCAUCAAAUACCUUGGACCGAAGGAAAGGGAGGCGUACGAAGUCAUUGUUGAGGAUGGGAAACUCAUCUAUAAGAAAAGUGGAGUGCUUGUGAACACUGUUGAAGGUUGUAAAUGGAUAUUUGUUCUCAGCGCAUCAAGGGCCUUAUAUGUGGGACAGAAGAAGAAAGGCUCAUUUCAACACUCUAGUUUUCUGGCUGGAGGAGCUGCAACAGCUGCUGGGAGAUUAAUUGCGACCGAGGGGAUCUUGAAGGCUAUAUGGCCAUACAGUGGUCAUUACCUCCCAACUGAAGAGAACUUUAAGGAGUUCAUCAUCUUCCUUCGAGAAAACAAUGUAGACCUCACUGAUGUCAAGAUACGUUCAUUUGAUGAAGAUGAUGAAUACCAGUCAUCCGAGAAGCCUGACAAUGUGCCGUCGGAGUUGGCAAAGAUGCCAGAGGUGGCAAAGCUUCCUACAACAUCCGACAUGGGAGACAUGAGUGACACCGAGGAGGAAGAGCUUCCUACCGAACCUUUGAAGGCAAAGUUCAAGGGCAACAACUGGCAGAAGCCAAUGACGAUUGAAUUGAACAAAUGCUCAUCGUGCAAAUGGACAACCGGUGCCGGGCCUCGCAUUGGUUGUGUCCGAGAAUACCCUGCAGAUCUCCAGUUCAAGGCACUGGAGCAAGUUAAUCUUUCGCCAAGGAUCAUCCCUUCACCAGUGGGAAACAAGAGUCCCAUUCCUUCUCCACGCCCCAGCCCUGGGGUGAGGCUCUCCCCUAGGCUUGCAAACAUAGGCCUUUCUACCCCCACCAUCUCUCUCACUCUUCCCCAGCCCAGAAGGAGAUGAAGGCAUUCCUCAUGCCCAAUCCACUGAGACUUUGUAGCAGACAGAGCUUCUAACAAAAUAAGGAGUAGGAUCGCUGCGUCCAGCCUACCAAUACUCUCUUUUUCAUCAAUUCUUUUUGACAUUGUUUGUAUAUUUUUUUAUUCGAUCUGAUUCAUGUCUCCUUUUGUUUUUCUUUCUGGGAGUGCCAUGAAUUUGAGGCCUUCCAUGAAAGAAUGUAAUACCUGUAAGUAGCUCAUUCUUUUUUCUAGAAAAGGAGAUACAUGUAACACGGAGAAAUUAUUUCAAAAAAAUGGUUCAGCUUUCUUGUCUUCCAA